AUCGGCCAAAUUGGCUGCACGGCCCUGGAAGCAAGGAAGGAUGCGGGCGAGGUGAGGGAGGGAGGGAGCGCGGGGUGGCGGAAGAAAAAAGACACACAUGCUGGUGAUCGAAGGAGUUGUUGGGUUGAGCGCCAGUCAUGAUGCCUCUGGACUCGUGCUUCACGGCGGGUGGACGACCAGCUCGUGACACGGAGCGCAUUCGGAUAUGACAGAUGGCCGAAGCAUGCGGAGGAGGAGUCGAGGCGAAAAUUCCAACGCUCGCAAAUGUGAAGUACGCGAGGGCAGGAAGCGAGUGAGGAGCUGGUCCCAUACCAGACCAUCCCAGGACCGAUGCGCACACAUUCAUACGGGCGCGCUUGACGAAUCGAGAGCGUCGCAGCGGGCCUCCCCACUGAUUGACCACCCACCUCCCUGAGGCUCGCCGCGCACGGACGCGUCCGGGCAGCAGACCCCGAAUUCAUGAUCUCAUCUCCGACCGCCCCCCCCGCGCCCCCCUCCUCACGAACGGCAUCGGCAACGGGCAUUAGCGCGUCCGCUGAGCUGACCCAACAACCCAACAACGACGAACGAACGAACGACCGACCGACCGACCGACCGACUGACUGACUGACCAUCUUCGACGAGUAAGAUGAGAUAAGGCUCGCGGGCGGAGGGCUCUUUCCCAUCGAGUAUCGAGUAUGGGCAGGCGAGGUCCACGGAUAGCUCUGGAUCCGUUGCCGCUCGAUCGCUCACUUGCCCCUCUGCUCGCCCGCCUCUGCUCGCCGGCGGAAAUUCCUGUUUAAAACUCGGCUCAUGUUCCGAGACGCCACUGCGUCGGCUCUCUCGGAAGGCCACGCAAAAAAUCCCGCAUCCGGUUGCAGUAAAGUCUGUCGAGGAAGGGGGCUGGCAGUUCCCCUCCUCCCUUCCCCCUCUGUCUCCAUAUCUGUCUCUCAUUUCUGGUUUUGGUAAAAGGGGCGGCGACUGCCUUGAGCUCGGCUUGGCUCGGCUCAGGAGUGCGUGCUCGCGCAGGCUCCCGCCGCCCCUCGCCCUUCCUUUCCCGACGACGUCGAAAAAUUUUGUAGUUAGUUUGGAGUGAGACGCUGCAGGCGCGAUUGACUUCGAUUGCACGCGCGGCCCGGGAACCUGCUUCCAGCAUGGACAUGGACUUUAAGUUACGGGACUUGCGGGACGACGAAAGCACGGCGGUGGGAGUUCGGAGUAAGAAUUGGAAGGGCGGAGUCGAUCUGGACGAGAGAAUUUGGCAGCUCCUUUCCGACGAGCACAUCGAUAGAAUACGAGCAUUCCUGCCGCCGUCGAGCCUGUUUCGCUUCCGAUGCGUGUGCAGGCGGUGGAACCUGCUCACGGCGGAUUUGGGCUUCCUCGAGCUGUACAGCCAGGUCGCGUUCUCGAAUCCCAGCGUGCUCGUGAUUUCGCACGACAACAACCACCGAGUGAGUGCAUUUUUCCUCGAAUCUCUGACCAGAUGGUACAAGGUGCCGCUGGAUUUUCUUCCGGAGCAGGCGUGCCUGCCGCUGGCCACGGACGGCGGCCUGCUCUGCGUCGGCUCGUUCCAGGCGAGCGACUGCCUGUACGUGUGCAAUCCGCUGACCAAGAGCUGGCUGCUGCUGCCGGGGUGCCAGCUCCGGCAGGUGUGUAAGAAGGUGCGCAAGCCGCUGGUGAACAUGACGGUGGACCGGAGCAGCCGCACGUACAAGGUGCUCGUGGUUUGCGACCCCAGCCACACCAACAACCUGUCGACGGUCGUGAAGAUCUACGACUCGCGCACCGGGCAGUGGGCGAGCUUCGAGAACCGCAUGCCCGUCAAGUCCAACCUGGCCUCCACCAGCGUGGUGCGCGACGGAGUGCUAUACUGGUGCACGCUGUUCCCCGACGGCCUGUACUCGUACGACCACCGCCGGCGAGUCUGGAGCUUCCAGCCCAUCGCAUUCCCCCGCCUGUUCACGCCCUUCGGCGAGGCGCAUCUGAUUCUGCUCGAAGGGCGCAGCCUGGGGCUGAUCGGGCUCAAGGUCGGCGGGCGCAACUUCGCCAUCGGCAUCUGGAAGCUGAACGAGGCCGGCAGCGCGCAGGAUGGCAGCGAGCAGGACGAGUGGGAGUGGCAGGAGAUGGCCUGGCAGUCGCCGCCCUCGUUCCGCCGGUCGCAGUGCGAGUGGAGCGGCCUGCAGGGCUUCGGCCACGAGAACAUGGUGUGCCUGGCGUCGCGGAACACUCCGAAUUGGGUUCGCUACGACCUCGAGCAGAGCUCGUGGUUCACGGGCGAGCCCGCGCCCCACCCUCCUCCACCAGCCCACGGCCCUCCUCCCUACCCGCGCGUCCUCAACCACAACUGGUGCUUCUACGAGCCUAGAUUGAACAUUUGUGCUUAGCCCUCGGCUCGGCUCGGCUCGUCGCAGCACGCACACGAUUCUCAGUAUCGAUCCUUCCUUCAUUCCUUCCUUCCUUUCUUCCUUCCUUCCUUCCAGCCUUCUCUUUUCUUGCCCACGAGGAACGUAUGAGCUUUCAAGACGCGAUUGAGCUCUCUGUAGAUACAGCUUUUGGCCCACGUGCGUCAGUUUUCCUCGCACGAGGCAAUUGUCCUCAUCCCUCCCUUCCCUGCUCUGCUCUUGCUCGUCAAUUCGGACCCACGGUGAUACAUUGCGGGUGGAUUUUAUACAUCGGAGGAGGGCUGGACAAGAAAUUACCCCGGUUCCUUCUGUUUCUGAGCCGAGAACAACGUCCGGCCGGUAAGCGGUGGCCACCUCUCCAUCUUUCAUGAACUUUUUGUAAUUACUUGUAUGUACACGAUGGGCAGCGGAGGAAUCGAGACGGACGAAUUGCCUCAUUUUCUGUUGCUUGCACAGGCCAGGCCUAGAUAGAUUGCGUAUGUCGAGACACAGCGUUAUGUUGUAUGUAUAGAGGAGGGGGAGGAGGAGGAGGAGAAGAAGAAGAAGAACAGAAGAUAAGAGAAGAAUCCGAGUUAUGAUGUACAUUAUUCCCACACACAUAGAUAGUAUUAGCAGCAGCAGCAGCGGACUAUGAUAUGCCGUUGAAAUUGUGGAUUUUUAGCGUACGACUAAAAAUGUACUGGGUUGGCAUUGAGUCAGUCGUGGUGGCAAUAUACUUAUACCAAUAUGAUAACAGAAAUAUCGUUCACAAUAUUCGCAUUCA